CUUUUAGCAAUGGAAGAAGUCACUCUUCUCAGUGUGAGCGAUAAGAGGCGGAAAGCACAGGCAGAUGAGGUGUUGAAAAUCUUAAAAUUCCAUUCGGAUUCUCUGAGUGAUGACAGUGAAGACUCUGAUUGUGGCAGCCAGCUCUCCGAUCCCUUCUCAGACAUGGAGGAGAAGACCGUUCCAGUGCCCAGUGGGAAGAGAAGAAUGACCAAAAUCGAGACUGACAUCAUGCUGAUGUCCAGCUUCACGCCCAACUUUAUGACUGUCCAGAAGGAGAUGCUGGAGAAAAUACCAGUAGACUCUUCGAUAUGCUCAGAUUUCGCUAUCGCGCGCAAUUACACGUACUUGGACAGGCGAGAACCCAAGGAGAGUGAUGAGAAGAUCAGGAGCAGAAUUCAGGACAUGCUGGGCUCGUGCGGCGUCAAGUCACCGGCGGCGAGUCGCGCCUCGCCGGAUAAACACAUCCCAACCGCGGCUCCGUCGCCGCUGGAGAUGUACAAGGAAAUGUAUGGAAAGUCGCCCAUGAGCGAUGCUGACAACAGUUCCUUGUCGGCCGUCUGGCGAAUGCUGGAGGCGCAAUCGGUGGAGAAUGGAUUCCCAGUCACACCUUUUGGCUACAAUGUCUUCGAGGACAAGCGCCUGGAGUGGCUGACGCGGAAGGAUUCGACGUGGAAUGACAGGGAACAGAUUCGGGAGAAGUGUGAAAAUUGGUUGAAGAAUAUUGAAUAA